GUACAGAACCGACCUGCUUUCGUGACAAUGUCUACUGAAGAAUGAAACUCUUGAUACUUGGGGCCACAGGACAAACAGGCCAAUUAUUAGUGAGACAAGCACUAGAACAGGGCCAUGUGGUGAAAGCUGUUGUGAGAACUCCCAGCAAGCUGACCAUUCAGCAUGACAACCUGAAGGUAGUGAAAGCAAAUAUUUUCUCAGCCGACAGUCUUCAGGGGCAUUUUAACGACCAGGAUGUUAUCAUGUGCUGCCUUGGGUUCCCAAUACGCUUAUUUUCUGGACAUACUGAAUACACAGAAUCAAUGAAAGCUAUAAUUCCUGCUAUGCGUAAGGCAGAAGUAACUCGAAUUAUAGCAAUGUCAUCCUGGUACACUAAACCUAAAACUUCACAUCAGACUACUUGGAUGCUGAGGUCGUUCUUGACUCCUGUGAUCCACAGCCUGCUGAUCAACAUGCAAGAAGUAGAAAAUUAUUUAAACAAUGAAUGCAAAGAUCUCAACUGGACAGUGGUAAAACCACCAGGUCUUCAGAAGGCACCAAGAACAGACAAAGAAUUAUUAAUUCAUGAAGGCUACUAUGAACCAGAUCUGGAUAGAACUCCCGUUGCAAAUCCAGUGAAACCAGGAGAUAUUGCUCGCUUUAUGCUGUCCCUGCUUAAAGAUGAUUCGUGCAACAAGAGGGCAGUGGCAGUGGUAACAGUGUAA